AACAGAACUUCAGUUUGAGUUGUGCCCUCCGGUUGUUCGCAUCGCCAGUGACUGUAGUCUUCGUCCUCGUCGUCGUCGGUUCCCGGUUCAAACUGUGUUCUAUUCGGUUGAACGGAUCUCUUUGGAGCAUUGCUUUUCGGUUUGCUUCUUACAAACUUUGGCCACCCGCAUGUUGUUCGUUUCGUUUGCGUGAAAGUGAAGUGGUUCCUUCUAUACUUGUGCAUAUUUGGGCAAAAAAUCGGAAGAGAGGCCGGCAUAUCUUUUAACUCAGCAGUGCAACAAGGAUCCGUUUUUGGCGAGCAGUGGAAAGAAGAAAUUCUCCAAGUCUGAUCCAUUAGUCAAAGCCACCCGCCUGCCAGAAUGCCGACUGACGAAGAACGGCGAAUUAUUCCGGAUGUACCACGUGGUCCGCUAUGCGAAUACCGUAGUAGAUCCAAAUUCAACUGGAAAGACUUCAAAUUAGUUUUGGAAAAUUCGACGCUGGCACGAAUAAAGUACGAUGUGUGGAAGAAGCUGGAAUCGGAACCGCUUUUCACGCCCGUCACCUCCACCUUGACUGCAGACCAGCAAAAAGAGCGGGCCGCUAAACAAGUGAAUCGGGUGGCAGAUUUGGAACUGGCCCCAGCGGAGGUCUACUCGAUGGACUACAAAUACCGAGUGCGGUACCUAAUGAGCAUCAACGAAGCACUGCACUCCGUAUGUCCGAGCAUGUCCGUUAAAAUUGCGCUGGGAGUGGGACUCUUCACAAACUCUCUGUUGGCCAUGGGAACCGAACGGCAUUCAGCAGUCUAUAAUGCGGCGUGGAACCGAGAGAUCAUAACCUGUUUGGCCAUCACAGAAGUCAGUCACGGAAGUAACACCAAGCGAUGUCGCACAACUGCAACCUAUGACCCCAAGACACAAGAAUUCGUCAUCAAUACACCGGACUUUGAGGCUGCUAAAUGCUGGGUUGGUAACCUGGGCAAAACGGCCUCAAUAGCAUUGUUAUUUGCAAGAAUGUAUACCGGAGAAGGGGAAGAUCACGGCCUCCAGGGUUUCCUGGUACCCAUAAGGGAUCCCAAAACCUUACAACCAUAUCCCGGUGUGAUCGUUGGCGACAUCGGCGAAAAGAUUGGUCUGAACGGAAUCGACAAUGGUUUCGUCAUGUUCAAUAACUACCGGAUACCGAGGGAAAAUUUGCUGAACCGAACUGGCGACGUUACACCGGAAGGAGUUUACGAGUGCACGUUUACAGAACCGGGUAAAAUUCUAGGUGCCGUGCUAGAAUCCUUCUCCGCUGGACGGCUUGGCAUCAUGCAGGAAUCAUCUAACACGUUGUCGCAUGCUGCAGUUAUAGCAACCCGUUACGCCGCACUGAGAAAACAAUUCGGACCCGAUAGAGAUGGACCUGAACAGUCAAUUAUCGAAUAUCAGCUUCAUCAAUGGAGAAUUUUCCCGUACUUAGCUGCGGCGUGCAUACUUAAGGUCUCCGUAUACGCACUGACGGAGAUCUACCUGGAAACGGUUCAAAAGUCCCAAGCCGAAUCCAACGGGUUUGAGCUGCUAACGCAAAUCGUUUCGGAACUCCACGCUCUGGUGUCAUCGUCGAAGCCUCUGGUAACGUGGACAGCCCGCGAUGCCAUCCAGGAGUCACGUGAGGCAUGCGGCGGACACGGAUAUCUGAAGGCCGCGAACUUGGGCGAACUGAGGAACAAUCACGAUCCCAGUUGUACUUACGAGGGCGACAACAACGUGCUGGGACAGCAGGCCUCCAACUGGUUGCUGCGGCAGUGGAAGGGAUCCAAGGUGGAGAGCCCAGUUGGCACGGCGCACUUCAUAGAACGACGGGAGGCUGUCCUGCGGAAUAGCUACGAUGCUAUUGUGAAGACUGGUUGCAAGGUGGAAAGUCCGGAAUUCGUUACCCAAUGCUACGAAUGGCUAAUGUGUUGGCUCCUAUAUUCCACUGUUGAUCAAAUCCAGCUAUCCAGUGAUAAUGGCGCCGAUAGGUUCAAGGCACGCAACGAUUCCCAGGUAUAUCGAGCGAGGGAUCUGAGCCGAGCUUACGCCGAAUACUACGCACUUCAAAGCUUCAGAUCCCGUUGUCAACGGGCGGACAUCUCUGAGGAGCUGGAACCAGUAUUGAACAACGUGUACUGCAUUUACGGUAUGUGGUGCAUUGAUCGUCACCUGGCCACGUUUUACGCCGGAGGAUUUGCCUCCGGGCCACGAUUCGCCGAUGCUAUUCGUAGUACCCUGCUCCAGGCUUGCGGACAAUUUAAGGACUCCGCAGUAUCGGUGGCUGAUGCCUUGUCCCCUCCAGACUGGGUCCUGAAUUCGGUGAUCGCCAAAUCAGACGGGCGGCUGUACGAAAAUCUACAAAACCAAUUCAUGACCAAUCCAGGAGCGAUGGAAAGGGCAUCCUGGUGGAAGGACAUCAUACCGACGAAGAUGAAGAGCAAGCUGUAAGAGGAUCGACAGAAACGGAAUCGUAUUUUUUUUCUACUACGGGUUUAUGAAAGCGAGAACCGAAUGUAUGUGUGUGUCUAAUAGUGCAAUCCAGUCAGAGUUGAUGUAUUUUAGAGCUAUCGAAGAUCUCGAUUCCUACCCCUGGAGUGUGUGUCCCUUCUACAAAGGCAAAUUAUCAGUGUAUCCGAGAAAACCGACAAUGCUGUACCUACCAUUACCACGCGGAGAAGUUUUUCCAGAUCUAUUCAACAAUCUCAUACACACAACUAUCAUCCAACGUUUAUUGCAGCGUUAAAAAUGGCUGAAAAUCAAGCAAAAAUGUGUCUUAUCUAUGAAUCUUAGGUAUUUAUACGGUAUAGUAUGAAAUUUAGGCAUCAAAGUAGGAAAAUCCCUUUCUAUAUACACCCACGAUGAAGAAAUCUUUACAACGUUGAACGUAUUUUCUACACUAUUGAAUUAUCCAUAUUUUUACCGAAUGUUAAUGUUUCCCAAUCCCAACGAAAUCGGAACCUAAACCUAUACUGAAAGGUCUAUACCACUUUGCUGUUAUUAGUUACAGUGCGAUAAUCCGACCCGUGAGGAUGCUACUUGCUUACAAAACGUGAGCAAAUUUGAAUGAGAGCAUCAUACUUGUGGGAUUACCGAAUAUCAUUAAAUUUAUGAAAUACAUGAACCAAGUUCUGUUUAUACUCCGAUCGGAAGAAUGUCAUCGUCAACAACUUACAUGAUAUUGCUUAAUGAGUGUUCUGUUUCUCUUGAUAAUUAUUCUUACGCCGAAUGAAGAUGAUCUAUUUUUUAGUUUUUAUUGCAUAUUUUAUUAGGUGUUACAUGAAUCAGACCCUCUUUCGGAUGAUUACCGUUCUGUGUACCAUGCAGGUGAUCUGCUGUUGUGGUUUCAUAAUAAACCGAAGCAUGAGACUAAUAUAAAUUCUCCCGGUGUAAACUUUGUAUAACAUAGAAAUUGUCCAAGUGAGCAUUUAUUGUGACCGAAGUAAAAAUCCGAAGAUGUGAGCCAUGUCA